AUAGUAGAGUUACAUCUAUCCAUGUACAUGUCCUAAUAUUAUGUUGCUUAACCAGCAAGAGGUCUCCCAACUCCCAAGGUUUUGUUUCAGUUUACUACUGCUCCCAUAAUAUUUGACUCUCAAAAAGAAAAAAAAAAUCUACCAAUUGCCAAAGAAAAGAGUAAAGUGCGAGAGAGAGAGAGAGAGAGAGAGAGAGAAAAAAAACAAGCAAAAAAGAAGAAGAAGAAGAUGGGUGCUGCAGUGUUAACAAUGGAAUCUCUGCCUCUGGGUUUCAGAUUCAGACCCACCGACGAAGAGCUUAUCAACCAUUACCUCAGGUUGAAAAUCAACGGCCGCGAUUCCGAGGUCCAGGUCAUUCGCGAAAUCGACGUUUGCAAAUGGGAGCCCUGGGAUUUACCUGGGCUCUCAGUGAUAAAGACAGAUGAUCCCGAGUGGUUCUUCUUCUGCCCGCGUGAUCGGAAGUACCCAAAUGGUCAUCGUUCCAACAGAGCCACUGAUGCUGGCUACUGGAAAGCCACGGGUAAGGACCGCACCAUAAAGUCCCGCAAGUCUAGCUCCAAUACCAGCAUGAUUGGGAUGAAGAAGACCUUGGUUUUCUACAGAGGCCGUGCUCCCAAGGGCGAGCGCACAAGCUGGAUCAUGCAUGAGUAUCGUGCUACUGAGAAAGACCUGGAUGGUACUGGUCCCGGCCAGGCUGCCUUUGUUCUCUGUCGCUUGUUCCACAAGCCUGAGGAGAAGUCACCAGUUCCAAAGUACGAUGAAGUAGACCCUACUGGCUUGUCGCCUACCACUACCAAGUCCUCUCCUGAUGAUACAUUGUCAGAUGUAGUUCAACUUCAAGAAACAGCAACAUCUGUUAUGCCAGUUAGGAGCCAGUCUGAAGGUAUAAAGCGAUGGUUGACUGAUAAGUCUGAUAACAUGACCCCUAAUGCUCUAGUCCCUGCUGAAACUAGCUCCAAUAGUUAUGUGCCUUCUGAUGUGGACGAUCAUGUACUAGAAGAAGAUGCUUUAGAGGUGAAUCAGCAGCCCUCAUGCGGCGAGAUUGAUUUUCAAGAUUUCCCCACAUUGCAAUCACAGAUUCAAAUGGAGAUAGCACCCCAAGUGGGUUCACCUUUUCCCAGUGACUUUGGAAAUGGCAAUAAUGCACUAACAUUUCAGGAUGGUACCAGCGAACAGGAUAUAUCUCUCACAGAGUUGUUAGAUGAGUUCUUGAAUAACCCUGAUGAUAACUCAUUUGAUGGAUCAGCCAGUCAAAAGAACUCAUUUGGUGGAAGCGACACCCUAUUUACCAGUCAGGCUGUACCACCUGGAAGCAUUUAUGUUAAAGACAGUGGUGCAUACAGUGAUGCGGACACUGAAAUGGCUCAAUUACAGCGUGAUUCUGAGAUGGAAGUUUCUGGAUGGUUCAAUGAACAUGUUGAUAGUGAGCAUGUAUAUUCCAACCAAGAACUUUGGGGGAAUGACCUUUGGGAUAAUUCUGUUGGACAAGAUACUUUGUCUGUUUAUUCUGCUGUGUGCUCAUCCUUGGCGCCCAGCUCAGAAGAACCAACCGAUAAGAAGGAACCCAAUAACUACAGCAGUGUUCCUGUUGGUGAAACUGUAAUCAAGAUUAGGACCCGGCAACCUCAGAAUAGACCAACUUUAGACAAUAUUCCAUUUCAAGGUACUGCUCCAAGAAGAAUCCGUCUGGUUGUCCAGCGUUCUGGUGAAUCAGUUUGCCAUAGUGAAGUGGGAGGUCCAAGCUGCAGUGAAGAAGAUGAAGUGCAAUCAACAGUUACUAAGGCUGAAGAAGCUUCAGAACACUGUCCUCCUGUUGUUGAGAUAGAGGAACAGAGCGAGCUUUUGAAGUCUGAGGAGAGCAGGGGAACUAAUGAAGAAUCCUCUGCAAAACUGAGGUUUAGGGUGAAACGUGAUGCUCUUCCGGGCGGUAGCCAGCUGGAGAUGUCAGAAUUUGCGAAGGCACCUGCUCUACAUCAUGCCCCACGAUCCUCAUUAGUCUAUAUAGCAGGAGUUUCUCUAGUUGUAGUCAUGUCUGUUGUCUUUAUUGGGGUAUGGGGGUACCUCAAAUCUUGAUGUUGUACACCAAUAGCUAUAGGUAGUCCGCUCCUGUGUUUUUUAGUUGCCAGACGAGGUAAAUAAGCAGUUUUCUGAAGUUGGAGAGCAGAGUAACUAAUGAAGAAUCAUCUACACAACUUAGGUUGAGGGUGAAUCGUGAUGGUCUGUUGGUUGCAGCCAGGCAUUGUGCCCCAGGAACCUCAUUAUCAUACGUCAGUCAUCGGAGUAGUUUCUUUUGUUGUGGUUGUGUCCAUACUAUUUAUUGGGGAAUGGACUGGGGGAGCUGAGUUUGAUCAUGAUGUUGCACAGGAAUAGCUAUAGGUAGUCUGUUCCAGUGUAUGUUAGUUGCUUAGAAGCAGGGUUAGGUUUGUAGAUUCCUCUGCUUUCCUGUAUGCACGCGUAUAUAUAUCUAGAAUAGCCAAAUGUUGUGUACUCUAUUAUCGAACAACGUUGUUUAAUUUAAGUUUGUUUUCUUUUUUUUUUA